GCUGCGCGCGGCUCCCUCGUGGCGGCCCACGCUGCAGCGGGCCUCAAUGCAGGCGAGAGCCGAGAGGCCCUCCGCCUCCUGAGAGCGGCGGAGGGGCUGGUCAGGGCUGCGGUGGCGGUCCUCGGCGUGGCCUCCGAGGCUGCCCGUGGGGCGCACGUAGAGGGCGCGGGAUUGGCCACGCCCACUGGCGGCAAGCUAGAGGCGGCGGACGCGAUGGACGAGGGCGGGAACGACGGCCUCGAGGACGACAGCCCAGGGGGCUCCGCGCCCAGCGCCGCGGCGCGCCCUGCGCCCUCGACGGCGGCGCUCGCGGCCGCGCCCCCUGCUGCUGCUGGCGCGGAGGUGGCGCAGCCAAGCCGGCCGCCAGGCGCGGAGAGCUACGAGGAGGAGAUUGCCGGGCUGGAGCCGCUCGCAGGGCCCGAGCUUCUUGGGGCGACCAGGACUUGGGGCAAGCGGCUCGGGGUCGCAGCCGCGGAGGUGGGCUUCGCGGAUUUCGCCGAGCGGCUGGUGGCCCUUCCCCUCCCCGCAACGGAGCGCCUCGAGCUGGCGCUGUUCCUGGCGGGCGCGCGCAUGCUGUUCAGCCAGUUCGACCUCGACGCCGCGGGCGGGGCGCUGCUGGCCGCGGGGCAGGGCGGGCCCCGCCCUCGGCUUGGCGUGGAGCGCUGGGCCCUCGCGGGGAACUUCGGCGGCUCGCUGGUGCCCCCCUGGCGCGUCAUCGCCUUCGGCUUCCUCGCG